UUUUUUUUAAUUUUUUAAAAUAUGCAUAGUAUGUAUGAUGAUGAACCACAGUCUAUAUUUGUCUUUAAGAACCCCUUGCGUUUCUUGUCAAGAAAAGGAAGACAAAUAGGUGCCUAUACUUCUGGAGGAUUGCUUGCUGUGGGAUGGUGGAUAUUUAUUGAUGCAGUCAUCAACUCUGCCAAGUAUAAUGGAGCGACAUCUAUGGGUUUUGAAGACUGGUUCUCUGGUAUUCUGACCACAUUUGGUAUGGUGGUUAUUAAUUUGAUUGACAAGAAUCGUUUACAAGGUGAAUCUGCCAUGUAUGCAGGUUCAGGGCUAGUAUGGAAAGCAAGAUUGUUUUUAUUUCUUGGAUUUGCUUUGAUUGCAGGAGGAUUUGCUGGUGCCUGUUGUGUAUUGAUUAUCAAAUACAUUGUUCAUUUGGAUUCUGCUCAACCUUAUAUCAAUUAUGGCAUUGCAGGAGUAGCACAAAAUGGGUUAAUUAUGUUAAGUACCAUUGUAUUGUGGGUAGCUCAAAACACAAGAGAGGAAUAUGAAUACAAUGUCCGUAUUUAGGCUCUUUAAAACAAGUUUUUGUGUAAUAUUCCUGUGUAACUGAUUUAAAUAUAUAUAUAUAUAAAAAUGCACACACACACACACACACACAC